AUGCAGGCCCCUACACCCACCCCCGGUGAUGUAUGUGACCCCGCAAGAGAUACAAGGGUUACUAUGAUUGUCUCUCUUACAGACCCAGAUGCUCCCUCUAGACGUUCUGCUGCACGUGCUGCUGCUGCUGCUGCUGCUGCUGCUGCUGCUGCUGCUGCUGCUGCUGCUCCUGCUGCUGUUGCUGAUGGUGAUGGUGAUGGUGGUAGUGACCAGCAGCUCACCAGAAAUGCACGCAGAAACAGAAGCGCCAGACUCAGGAGAACUAUAAGACACCAGCAGCAGCAGCAGCAGCAGCAGCAGCGGGAGGAGGAGGAGCAGCAGCAGCAAGAGGAGCAGCAGCAACAGCAGCAGCAGGUGCAGCAGCAGCAGCAGCAAAGGAGGAGACAACGCAGAAGCAGAGAUGGGACGUUUCCUUGCCGUCAUAACACUGAUAACCACAAUCAGUAA